AGGGGCUCUCUAUCUACUUUUCCAGAAAUGUUUCUUCUCCCCUCCGCUCCCGAUCAAGCAAAUAAGUCCGUACAAAAUUAGUCAGCCUCAUGAUGAAGUGAGUAGAAGAGGAGAGUACAAAGGGAAGAGGAGCAUGGUUAAUUAAUGAGCUUUUUUAAAAAAAAUUCGUGGUAUUAUAGGGGAUCGGAAGACCCAUUAAUUCAUUUGCUUGUACAUGCUUUCCUUCACAUCUUAGCAUUCGCAAUCACCUUCCCAAAUCUAUCACACCCAAAAAAAAAAAACCCUCAAAUCAAAGGAACAAGGAAAUAUGACAGGAAAAUAUAGUGAAAGAAUCUACCCAAAAGGAGACUCAAAAAGGAAGGGAGCUUGCUCGAGUCCCGUGGCCAUGCACUCAGAAAGUGUUCCAUAAAUAGAUGGAUUCUAGAGAGAGAAUAUAUACAUAAAAGGAUGGAUUGAUUGUAGUGAGAGAGAGAGAGAGAGUGACCCAUGUGAGCUAGAAGAGAGAGAAACGGGGGAAGGGAUGAGAGAGGGAAGGAGGGGAAGGAAAGAAGAAGCGAGAAGGGGAGAGGAGUAUUAGUAGCAUUCAUUAUAGGAGGUAUAAAUAGGCGAAGUAGUGGAGAGACGACAAGGGCAGAAAGCCACCAAAGACUCCACCUUUUCCCUACUUCUUUUGGUCCUCUUGAAGCCAGGGAGAGAGACUCUACCUUUUUGGCUUCCUUUUCUUGUUCUUUUGAAGCCAGAGAGAGAGAGAGAGAGACCAAAGACUCCACCUUCUUCCCUUUCUUCUUCUUGUCCACUUGAAUCGGAGUGAAAGAGAGAGAGAGAGAGAGAGAUGAAGGAAGGAGGGGGAGAUGGGUUCGUUCGGGCGGACCAGAUCGAUCUGAAGAGCCUGGACGAGCAUCUGGAGAGGCAUCUAAACCGGGCAUGGACGAUGGAGAAGAAGGAGGAGAGGGAGAGGGAGAGGGAGGAAUGGGAGAUCGACACCUCGAAGCUGGUUAUAAAGGGGGUUAUCGGCCGGGGAACCUUCGGCACCGUCCACCGUGGGGUCUACGACGGCCAGGACGUCGCAGUAAAGUUGCUUGACUGGGGCGAAGAGGGGCACAGGACAGAAGCUGAAAUUGCUGCGCUUAGGGCAGCCUUUACUCAGGAAGUUUCUGUUUGGCAUAAGCUUGAUCACCCCAAUGUAACUAAGUUUAUAGGGGCUAAAAUGGGUGCAAGAGAUCUAAGUAUACAAACAGAAAAUGGUCAACUUGGCAUGCCAAGUAAUGUAUGCUGUGUCAUUGUUGAAUAUCUUCCUGGUGGUGCAUUGAAGUCAUAUCUGAUAAAAAAUUGGAGAAAAAAGCUAGCCUUUAAAGUUGUUAUCCAACUGGCUCUUGAUCUUGCACGAGGGUUGAGUUAUCUUCAUUCAAAUAAGAUUGUUCACAGAGAUGUGAAGACAGAGAAUAUGCUUCUUGAUAGGACAAGAACUGUAAAAAUUGCUGAUUUUGGUGUUGCUCGUGUUGAAGCUCAAAACCCUAAUGACAUGACGGGUGAGACAGGAACCCUCGGUUACAUGGCACCAGAGGUGCUCAAUGGCAGUCCCUACAAUAGAAAGUGUGAUGUAUAUAGUUUUGGUAUCUGCUUAUGGGAAAUAUACUGUUGUGAUAUGCCCUAUCCUGAUCUCAGCUUCUCAGAGAUUACGUCUGCAGUUGUGCGGCAGAACUUGAGGCCCGAGAUACCACGGUGCUGUCCAAGCUCUCUCGCUAAUGUGAUGAGGAGAUGCUGGGAUGCAAAUCCUGACAGGAGACCUGAGAUGGAUGAGGUGGUGGCAAUGUUGGAGGCAAUUGACACAUCAAAGGGUGGAGGUAUGAUACCUCACGAUGAGCCUCAAGGAUGUCUGGGGUGCUUCCGCAAGUACCGUGGCCCUUGAUAAGUCAAAUUACCUUGGAUUAAUGCUGCCAAGAUGGUUGCUGAAAAGAAACAUAAAGCUCAAAGUAAAUGGAGGAUAUGUUUCAAGGAAUGUGAAAACAGGCAAGGAUGCUGAGAUAUAAUGGUCAUGCAUCAAAGCGCUCUUCACAUUUGCCCUUAUUUUAUAGGAUAAUGUGAAUAUUUUAAUUUUUAUGAGAUGCAGGCAACUAGUCGGUUGUUGGAUUGACUGGUCCUCACAUGUUUUGUAAAUGACCCUUACAUUAGUUUGGUAUAUCUCAUAAUUAUCUCUGUACAUGAAUGUUAAUGGUAGAACUAUUCAUCGGUGAUGGAGCAAAUGUUAUGGGGCA